AUGGUCGCCUUUGCGUUAAACAACCCAGCAGUGCAGUCCUAUAUUGUGUAUUCUGCUAUUCUAGCUCUUAAAUUGUUGUCCCUGGCGCCGAUGACAGGUGUGACGCGAGUAAUCCGAGGUGUGUUCGCCAAUCCAGAGGACGCUAAGUCAGUCAAAGGAGGCAAAGUGAAAUAUGAUGACCCUGCGGUGGAGAGGAUAAGGAGGGCGCAUCUCAACGACUUGGAGAACAUUCCUGCUUUCUGGGUGCUGGGCGCGUUGUACGUGACUACUGGCCCAGUCGCCGCCUGGGCCACGCUGCUGUUCCGUGUCUACACGUUGGGCAGGAUCCUGCACACCAUCGUGUACGUCGUCGUACCGCUCCCGCAGCCGGCACGAGCAAUCGCCUUCAUCGUCCCCAUGUUCGUCUCAUUCUACAUGGGUCUCCAAGUUAUACUAUAUUACAUCACUGCAUUGUAA